AUGGCACCAACGAAUACCGGGAGAAGCACUGCUGGAAAACGGCCAAGUCCACGCAAGUCCUCAUCAAAUACCAGUUCCCUUGAGCAGGUCACAGGUGGUAUUGGAAAUGUCCAGCAGAACGGAGCUGUGGGAGACACAGCUGUCCAGCAGGGACUGCAAAAUGACCAGGAGAAGCUGGAGCCUGCAGACGCUUUCGAGUCUAACGAUGGAGAGGAUACCAAUGAAACACCUAGAGCUUCUGUCGACCUGGAGGAUCUACCAAUCGAGUUGAUCGGCUUAACAGACAGCUUCAUAGAGUCACUCUCAGCAAAGGUCCAUCCAGCCCCUGCGAAUAUCGACAAUGUCUCCCGAUUAUUCCAAGAUUUCUACGCCCAAGCAGCAGCACAUAUUAGCACCCACAUCGCCGCCUUAGCUACUCGCCAAACCCGUGAGCAUCCAAGACCACCCUCUGCUGGCCCGCGAGCAUCGGCCGCUAGUCUAUUGCGCGCAAAGGCUGCAUCGAUAGGAAGCAAGGAUAAGCCGAAAACACCACCGGCGAAGCCCGAUGUGGAACAUCAAAUGAUCACAGCCGAGGAGCUGGCGGAGAGGAAACGAGCUCGGAGACAGCUGGAACAGAAGCGUGGGCUGUACGAGGAGGCUGUGGAAAGGCGAUUGUGCGAAGGGAUGUACGGCAAGAUUUAUAGGCAUCGCAGUACACAGGACGAAGCACAAGACGACAAAUUACGAUCAAAGACGGCAGCUCUAGCAGUGGUCGGGAUAGGCCCCCUGGAUCUUGGCGUCGAGCUUUGGGCGCCGACUGACUCGACAGAGGAGGCUUUGGAGAGACAAGAGGAGGUCCGCAAGUGGCUUGAACCAGCACGCAGAGAACUGAUGGAGAUGAAUAACUCGCGAUACCCUCUCGGGAAGCUCAAUCGCCUGAAGGCCGCCCACAAGAGCAUCGUCGACACUUUGUCUCACUUCCACCCGUCUUCCUCGGCGGACGAGAUCAUGCCCAUGCUGAUCUACAGCUUGAUCACCCUGCCGCCUGAUCACUUGAGCGUUGUGAGCGAUGUGAACUUUGUUCAGCGCUUUCGAUGGGAGCAGAAGCUGGAAGGGGAGGCAGCGUACUGCCUUACGAAUCUCGAGGCCGCGAUUAGCUUUCUGGAUAACGUUGACCUAUCUACAUUGAGAGCUGAUGAGCCGCAGGCUGGUCCGCCCAAGAACACAAGUUCACCGGGCUCGCCCAAAACAGAGACUUUCCCGCCAGCAUACCAACCAGGUAUCACACCGGCAGCGCAGAGUACAGCCGAGACGAAUGCCAGCAUUGCAUCAGGGCUCAAACCUACGACCUCUCCAGCAGGCAUCCGCGCCGCCGUGCAGCUGCGUAAUCGCCGACUUAGCGAUUUGGUGAACACACCGGCACAGGCAUUUGGUGCAGCCAGCGACGCUGUGCUCAGCUCAGCGGAUCAGGGGCUGAAAAAUAUCGGCAACAGUCUGGGCGACAGCUACAAAUUCUUCCUCGGCAAACUGCGCGAGCGCUUAGACGCGCCGACUGCAGAGACAAUCGUGCCGAAGACACUAGACGAUGCGAGGAAACUCAUCAGCACGCCGCCGCCCCAGGCCUUUGAUGAUGAGGGUUCCGUAAGCGGCGCAAGCUCGGUACACACUCCGGACGAGCACCACACGGGCUCGGGCACCCGAGAAGAAAGGAUGCUGAGUCUGAUAAGCGGCAAGAAGGCCUCUAGAGACCACAGUGCGGACAGCUCGAGGAGCAGCGUGACCAGUGGCUCGAGGAAGGUCGCUUUUGCAGGGGAAGAGCCGGCCAAGAGAGACGGGGGCACUCCGGCACCAGGAGCAACCAAUCCAGCACUGAUCGACUCAGUGCGUAACCUCGGCAACUCCUUUAACCCAAUAUCAAGAUUCUCGGGCGGCAUGAACAUGAUACGUGGUUUUGGACGCACGGCGUCCACGCCAGUGGCCCCAACCGUCAAGGAUACGGCGUCCACCGCUGCCAGCAAGGGGUCCGCUGAUGGCGGUGACCUUGCAUCGGCAUUCCCCGACAUCGCUGCUGCACUGCCGCCAAAGCCGCAGAUCGCUCCGCCGAACAAAAGGUUCAUGGAGCUGCAGAACCCGGCCGACCUACGCCUGGGGGAGGUUCUCGAGCUCCUUAGAGACUACAGGAGGCUGGCAGGCGCCUUGAAAGACAUGGAUGCGUUUAAGGAACGGUGA